AUGAAGUUUGGACAUACUCUUCGUACAUCUUUGAACCCUGAUUGGUCAUAUCAUUAUGUUGCGUAUGAAGAUUUGAAAUCUAUCCUCAAAAAGGAGGCACUCGGUGGUGCCUGGUCUGAAGAAAGCGAGAGUAAAUUCGUUGAAAUGUUGGAAAAGGAGCUCGAUAAGGUGUAUUCAUUUCAGCGCGUCAAAUUGGGAGAGAUCAACCGUCGUAUCGAGAACGAGGCUCGAGAAGUAGAUAUACUGUGCCAGUCCGAGAAUCCCGAAGAGGACGAUUUUACUGCUUCAGAGAUUGAAUUGGGGCACAUCAUUGCAGACGUACAUGAUUUGGCCAAGUUUACAAGACUGAAUUACACUGGCUUUCUGAAAAUCAUCAAGAAGCAUGAUAAAGUGACAGGAUGGCCAUUGAAGCCCAUGUUUGGCGUGAGAUUGAACGCAAAGCCCUUCUACAAGGAAAACUAUGAUGCUUUGAUCAUUCGCAUCUCUACCUUGUACGAUCGUGUGCGCACUCGUGGUAAGGAGCGUGGUGGUGAUUCAGGUGCUGGUGGCAAGCAAUCUGCCUUUGUCAGAAACACAACAAAGUAUUGGGUCCAUCCUGAUAACAUCACCGAACUCAAACUGGUCAUUCUCAAGCAUUUGCCUGUGCUCGUUUUCAACCCUAACAAGGAGUUCGAGACCCAGGACUCUGCCAUUACCAGCGUCUAUUAUGACAAUGAUGAUUUUGACCUCUACAUGGGCCGUUUAGAAAAGACUGAAGGAGCUGAAGCUAUUCGUAUGCGUUGGUAUGGUGGCAUGGAUUCGAACACGAUCUUCGUGGAACGUAAAACACAUCAUGAAGAUUGGACAGGUGAAAAGUCCGUCAAGGCACGUUUUCCAAUCAAAGAAAAGUAUUUGAAUAGCUUUCUUCAAGGCACCUACACCACUGAUGAGUUGUUUGCUAAAACAAGAGAGCAAGGCCGUAAAUCAGAAAAGGAAAUCCAAGAACUGGAGCAACUCGCUCAAGAGGUGCAGUAUACCACACUGACCAAGCGUCUUCACCCCAUGAUGCGCACCUUUUACAACCGUACUGCUUUCCAAUUGCCUGGCGAUGCCCGUGUACGUAUCAGUUUGGACACGGAAUUGAGUCUUAUCAGAGAGGAUAAUGAAGGUAAAAACAGAUCAGGAGAUAACUGGCGUCGCAUGGACAUUGGCGUGGAUUAUCCUUUCAAGCAGCUGCCUGAAAGUGACAUCUGCCGUUUCCCCUAUGCCGUGCUGGAAGUCAAGCUUCAAACACAUGUUGGUCAAGAACCUCCCCAAUGGGUCUUGGAAUUGGUCAAUUCUCAUCUGGUUGAAUCUGUGCCCAAGUUUUCUAAAUUUAUCCAUGGUUGCGCUACGCUGUUGGAAGACAAGAUCAACGAUCUGCCCUUCUGGUUGCCUCAAAUGGACAUUGACAUUCGUAAGCCUCGCAACAAGGUAUUUGGUGUGUCUCGCCCUGAGGCUCUUUCAAGUAGUUCAGUGUCUGGAAGUAGCGGUAGCGCAUACGAUGGAUCCAAAUUGACUACAGACGAGAAUGUUCAAAUUGCCAUGCGGGAAGCAACCGAAUCAACACCUCUACUAAUUGGCGAUGGCAACUUCCACACAGGCAAUCGCACCAACAAGGACGAGGAUGGUCUAUUGAAGCAGCUAUCGCCAGCUGGUCUCAAGAAUCUAUUCAAAAAGUCCAAGACCAUCUUUAUCCGCAAGGAAGCAUCUCCCGCAAAGGGUCGUGGACGUCCCAUCCCUACCAAGGCUCCUCCUGCCAAGACAUACUUUGCUAACGAACGUACCUUUUUGCACUGGCUCCAAUUCACGCUCUUGUUGGGCGGUUUGGCUAUUGGUUUACUGAACUUUUCUGACAACGUGGGUCGUAUUUCUGCAGGCAUCUUUACACUUUUGUCCAUGUCUGUCAUGAUUUACGCCCUCUACAAAUACCAUGAUCGUGCUGAUCGAGUGGAGAGAAAUGAGCUGGGUGAUUUCUCUGAUAAAUAUGGUCCUGCUGUGUUGACCUUCUUUGUGGUAGUAGCUAUCUCUAUCAACAUGUUCCUUCGUAUUGCCAUGGACGGUAGCGAUAGGGACUAA